CGCAGCGUCGAAGCAAAGCGCAUCUCUUCGGCUCUGAUUCUGCCUUCUGCCAAACAGCGUUUACGAUUUUGUUGUGAUCAUCAACACAGUUUCAAGUGAACAUUAAUCAGUGUGGUAGCCAAAAGAUGAAGGCCGUGUUUGUGUUUGUCGCCCUCGCAGGGUUUGCGCUAGUAUCUGGCGAGCCACCAGUGCCGUCCAACCAAUAUCUGCCUAGCAAUCAAUAUGGCGCCCCAAGCCAAUCUUAUUCGCCACCUUCGGGUUCCUAUGGCGCUCCCAGCCAGAACUACGGUGCCCCAAGCCAAAACUACGGUGCUCCGAGCCAAAACUACGGCGCACCUAGCAGAAACUACGGUGCCCCGAGCCAGACAACAGCCGUAAUCAGACCUAACACCCAAUAUGGCGCCCCAUCCGCCAGGCCUACCAAUAAUUACCUGCCUCCAUCUACCGGUGGUGGAUACAGCGGCGGUGGCGGUUACAGCGGUGGUGGUGGAUAUGGCGGAGGCGGCUACGAUGAUCAAUCGGAACCUGCCAACUACAACUUCAAAUACGAUGUCCAAGACGCUGCUUCCGGCAACGACUUUGGGCAUGAAGAAUCACGUCAAGGAGAUGUCGCCCGCGGCAAAUAUUACGUCCUCUUGCCCGAUGGCAGACGCCAGGUUGUAGAAUACACCGCCGACAGCGAAGGCUACAAACCGAAAAUCUCCUACGAGCAAGUCGGUGGCGGCUAUGGCGGUAACGCUGGUGGAUACUCUGGCGGCGGUUACUCUGGUGGUGGUUACUCCGGCGGUGGUGGUGGUGGAAACGGUGGAUACCAAUACUAAACAUCUCCACCUCACGCCCACACACGAGUGAACUAGUUAAGAAUAAAAAUCGGCAAGGACGUUUCAUCACAAUGCGCUUUUCAUUAACAUGUUAAGCGCCGCGUGAGACGUUCUCCUGCCACCGCAAGUUUUCAAUCGUUGUACCGUCAUCAAUUUCGUUCGUUCCGCGCGAACGAAAUGUACAUAAUCGCAUAUAGUUUUUGUAUUUUUAAUUCGUAGUUCGAACAUAUCUAGGUAAGAACUCUCAGCCCAAGCCCAGGUAACCGUCAAUGAUCACCACUGCCAUGUUCAUGGUCUCUGAUUACACUGAUUAUUCAACUGUUUAUGUAAUUCGUAAUAUUUAACACGUCACAGCAUCACCACUAUACAAUAUUUAAGUUUGGGAUCUCUGGAUGAUAAUAUUUCCGAUUUCCUAGGCGGAGGGAGGUAUUAUUUCAGGUCAGUAAAGUACAAUGUAACAAAUGAGCAAUGAAUUUGAAAAAUCUUGCAUAUCGUACUAAUUUUUAUUUGCCAUAUUUGUAUUAUUAGAACGUAAAAUUACUGCAUUUUCAUGACAUGACAUUAGGAAUGUAUUAUGUAUAAACCUUUAUGUGCAAAUAAAUAUAAUGAGAAAUGCA